ACCUAUUUCACUAGAUUUUCCAAGUAGCAUGCCAAACCCACCACUACUCCUCUAGUAACAUUUUCUUUUCUUAUUUUCAUGAUUACAGCUCAUUAAUGCGCAACCACUGACCUCUACAAAACACAGAGUUAAACUUACCAGAACAAUCAGUCAUAACAGAUUCCUGACUAGAUCACUAGAUCUCACUUUCCCACAAAAGCCAGCAACACACUGAAUUUCAGAGCCACAGAGCAAAACAUGACAAGGCCGCGAUCUGCCACUUGUUUGAGGUGUUGCCUGGUGGUGUUUGCGGUGGUUUCAGCCUUAGCGGUUUGUGGGCCGGCUCUCUAUUGGAGGUUCAAGAAGGGUGUUAAGUUGGGUGAUGCCAAAUCUUCUUGCCCAGCUUGUAAUUGUGAUUGCCCUGUUCCUUUGUCCCUGCUCAAAAUUGCUCCCGGAUUGGCGAAUCUCUCAGUGUCAGAUUGCGGAAGUAAUGACCCAGAUGUGAAGCAGGAGAUGGAGAAGCAGUUUGUGGACCUUCUGACAGAAGAGUUGAAGCUGCAGGAAGCUGUUGCUGCUGAGCACACCCGACACAUGAACAUUACAUUUGCUGAAGCUAAAAGGGUGGCUAUUCAGUACCAGAGAGAAGCAGAAAAGUGCAAUGCUGCAACAGAAACAUGUGAGGAGGCAAGAGAGCGUUCCGAGGCAUUGCUCAUAAAGGAGAGAAAGGUGACUUCCUUGUGGGAAAGACGAGCCCGUCAAGUGGGUUGGGAAGGGGAAUAGUUUGUAAAACAUGAUUAAUUUCAAUUCGUUCGAUUUAUCUACUUCUUGAUGUUUCUCCCCAGUAUUAUACAUACAACCAAGCAAAAUGGCUUCGGUUGUAUCCCCGAUACAGCAUGAGUGAUCUGCUCCCUUCGCUCUCUCCCUCUUCCAAUUGUAGUCGGAAUGUUGUACUGCCUUAAAAUGGCAUAUGGUCAUCAGAUUUUCCUUUAUAAACUAAAUCCAUUUCAGUACAAAUAGAUAUCCCAGUUCAAGCAUUUUGGAUAUGAAUGAAUUACCAUCUCACAUUAGCUUA